UGCAGCUAGCAGCUCAUUUCUUCUCACUAGACCCUGUGUUAUCUCCCCACACGGUCCCAAGCUGUGCAGACCAUGCAGCAGGACAGACAGACCCACUGGCUACUGGACGGACAGACAGACACUCCCAGAGGUAGAGGGUACGCCGGAGGGCGAUGAUCGCUUUGCUCAACACUACUUCGUCCAGCCCCCUGGGUGGGACCCAGGGGUCAGGGCAGCUGCAAAGGUCUGUCUGUGUCCUGGGAUUCAUCCCUGUCAUUUACUACAGCGCCCUACUUUGCAUCGGAGUGCCAGUGAACAUUCUGACAGCAGUGGUCCUCUCCCGACUCGCAGCCCGCACCCAGAAGUCCUCGUACUUCUACCUGCUAGCCCUGACCGGCUCCGAUAUCCUGACCCAGCUCUUCAUCGUCUUCGUGGGCUUCCUUCUGGAGACGGCUGUUUUCCAUCGAGAGGUCCCGGAGCUGCUGCUCCAUACCAUCAGCGUGCUGGAGUUCGCCGCCAACCACGCCUCCAUCUGGUCUGCCGUAUCACUGACGGUGGAUCGCUACCUAGCGCUGUGCCACCCCCUGCGCCACCGGCAGUUCAGCUACCCGGAACGAACGCAAAAGGUCAUAGCCCUGGUCUUUGUUUUAGCACUUGCUUCUGGUGUCCCCUUCUACUGGUGGUCGGACGUCUGGAGGGUCACCCACCCACCGACGGCAAUGGACAAGGCGCUAAUCUGGACCCAUUGCACCAUUAUCUAUUUCCUGCCCUGCAGUAUCUUCCUGGUGCUCAACUCUAUUAUCAUCUACAGGCUGAAGAUUCGGCACAGGAAGCAAUGCCGCGAGCAGUGCCAAAAGCCAGCCCCGAGGCGCUGCGGGAAAACCACGGCCAUCCUGCUGGCGCUCACCACCGCCUUCUCAAUCCUGUGGGCGCCACGCACUUUCGUCAUCAUCUACCACCUCUACGUGUCCACGGUGAACCGCAACUGGCUCGUUCACCUGGCCUACGACCUUGCCAACAUGCUUGCCAUGCUCAACACCGCUGUCAAUUUCUUCCUGUACUGCUUCGUCAGCAAGCGUUUCCGCUCGGGUGUCCGAGACGUGCUCCUGCUGCGUGGCGGGGUCCCGCCGGCUCCCCAUCAUCCCCUGACCCUCAAACCACUUCCCAAUUCUCUGCACUCCUCCUGUGAUGGCAAGAGCCUCAGCGCCCCUGACGUGACCCCUUCCCAUUUCUGACCCAGGAAUUAGCACAUAGACACGGCAGUCCUCCAACCAUUCUGUGGGGUUUAAAGAAUGGGAAGAAAGAUAUUGAUAAAGACUUCUCAUCAAAACGUUUGGCAAAUCAUUUUCUAUUAGUUUCUUUUUAGUAUUCCUACAGGGAUGGAUCUCUUAUUUGCUGAAGGCGUUCCAUGAGAGAAUCAAGGAAUAAUGCAACUUCACCCAAUCAAUGAAUCAUAAAGGGACUGUUCUAGUAUUUGUACAUUUGGGAACAACAUCAUACAAAUUGAUUGUAAUAAAAGGUUUACAAGAACUCUGAUUAUUGGAGAUUAAUUACUACUCAGGGUUAGGGUUAGGGUUAGGGGUAGGGUUAGGAUUAGUUAUUAACAAUUGGGGACAUUCCUAAUUAGCAUACAUGGUCAGGGUUCGGGAACGGUUCAAUUUUUACUGGUCCAGGGAACAUUUAAAUGAUUAAGUAAUAUAUUUUAGUAUUUAAAGUUCACCAGGAAAAAAAGCAUAUUCCAGAUGCAUAUAAUAUUUAGAACCCAGUUUAAAUAAAAAGCUGACCUGGAAUCAUCCUUUUGCAUUGGAGCAGAGCUGGACAAGGCUGGAUUGUGGCAACCACGUCGAAAAAGAUGGGUAUUUCUUUUUUAAAUGAAGUUAUAUUUGGAACAGCACUUCCCCGAUAGAAGACACUUGAGUAUAAGUAAUAAUGGAGCUUGACUGGGCCCGCACACUCUGGAACAAGGAGGGAUGGAUUUCUCUUUACUUGUGAAACAGGCUUUUUAAACCCCAGUCCCUCAGUCUAAAGAGCUUAAAUGACGCAUGGCUUUUGCCCUAUAAAUCCAGAAUAAAGGGAAUGGCAGAUUUAUGUUCUGUCAUGUAACCUUGGAAAUGCCAGUUGUCGUUUGAAGUCUGUGUGUGGAGGACUUUGUAUUGAUUCCACCAUAUCACUGCCCAUGGGGUGGAAGUUUUUAUAGAUCUUGGAAACACAGCCGCCAUGAAACACACAACCAACCAUCAUUAAAAAAAAACUGGGAACUUUGUUUAAGAGCUCUAAAAUGGCCUUUAUAUUGUGUUAAAGUUAAUGUGAACAGUCCUUAUCUAGCCACGUUUCUGUUUUUAAUUGUCUAUUGAUAUUGUUUAUUGCAAAAGUACUACUGUUAGCAAUACUAGUACUAUAUGCUGUAUGUAUCAUAGAACAUUCUAUAUUGGUUAAAGUGGCCUCCUAUACAACCAGGUUAGAAAAAGAAAAACCACCAACUUUGGAUUUCAAUAACCUGAUGUAAUGAUGUGUGGACAAUUCCAAUGUGAUUUUCCCUUUAAAUUUAUUUAGCAAGGCCAACAAUACCAUCUUAAAGGGUAAGAGCCACACUACCUACAGUUGUUAUACGUAUCUCUCCUCUUUUGCAUGCGUUACAUGCAUGCCAGUUGCAAUUUCCUUCAUUUUCAGGUUAGGUCUAAAGGAGCACAAUAAAUCCAGUCAUGCUAGGAUAAGUGACCUGUCUGGACCACAAAGCACAAACUGAGCUGGAAUCAAUCCUAGCAGAUUCAAGCAUGCAAACUGAAUUACAACACCUGGUGGAUACAAAGCAAACUGCAGCCAGCGCUGGGGUCCCUGAAAGGGGCUGUGGUUGUAAGUAAAAUAAAUGAAUAA